UUUCUAGGUCAUUGCUCUUUAACUGCAGCCAUAUAUACAGUAUGAUAAACUGUGGAAGACCAAACUCGAAAUUUAGAAUCGGUAACAGUGGAAGCGGAGCAGAGGACCCGGCACAGAUAAUAUAUAUCAGUUGAUACAAGUACUUGUAUGGCCAAAUCGCUUGAGACAGAACUUGAGAUCAUGGGCUCAACAUCAAGAGAGGCUCUGGCAGCCAAGGAUGAAGAAAAUUCUGAAUUCAACAUCUUCGAGAUGUUUGUCCAACCAUGUCUAGCGGAGCUUGUAGGAUGUGUUCUCUUCAUCUCCAUCGGAUGUCUCUCAGUGCUGGUCAAUCCCGUUGGGGCUGGACCUCUGCUUCCAGCGCUCACUCAUGGUUUGGCUUUAGCAGUUGUCAUCUCUGUUCUGGGUAAUAUAAGUGGUGGACACUUCAACCCGGCCGUCACUCUAGCUGUGGUCAUUUCAGGUGGACUGACUCCCAUUCUGCUGGUACCUUACUGGGUAUGCCAGCUAGCAGGGGGGAUGCUGGGAGCUUUGCUGGCCAAGGGACUGGCAGAUGAAUCCUCAUUUGUGAAUCAUACCGGGGCGGUCUGCAUGCUGGACAGCGAGACAUCAUUGGGCAAAGCGGUCGGAGUGGAGAUAGUCUUUAGUUUUUUCUUGGUUUUUGCUGUGGUGAUGGGAGCGGUGGGAGAGCGUAGCCGGACCCCUCUGGCUCCUUAUUCUAUUGCCUUCACUCUUGUAACUGGAAUUUUGGCAGGAGGCUCCAUAUCAGGUUCCUGUCUGAACCCAUCACGAGCUCUGGGCCCAGCAGUUGUAGCUGGGUACUGGGAUUACCACUGGGUAUACUGGGUGGGCCCUGCCUCUGGAGCAAUCAUAGUGUCUCUAAUAUACAGGCUUCUACUGGCAGGAAAAUCUCAUCGAUUAUUCCUGAAAUAAGGAAGAAGGACCAACUGGUGGAGGUCGACCCAAGAAGACACAGUGGAAGGGUGGGCAAAGACUCGGGACCCAGAUGUUUAUAAUAAGCAGCUGCUCAAAUCCUACCACCCAACAUUAUGGUAUAAUAGACUCCCAUACUUCUCAGGGCUGGUAAAGUCA